UUUUUUUCUCCCAUUCCUCCUCGCCGCCGUGGUUCUCCGCCUCAAGCUUCUUUACCCAAGCAUCUACGCAGUCCACAGGCCACAGGUUUCUAUCCAGUCAGUGAUUGCCGGAUGCGGACGGGGCGCCCGGGAGGUAGGUCGGCCUGAAGAACUGCCGGCGGCGGCGGCGGCGGAUCCGGCUCGCUGGGGUGCCACGAUAUUCCAUGCCUCCCCAAGAUCCAUAGCACCGGCGCUCCCCAUCUGUUCGACGCUAUGUCUCUAGAGCAAGAAGCGGUCUCCCGCAGGCGCAACGCGACGCCUGAGGCAAUAAUCGGCGGUGGAGAUGGGAUUGAUGUCCUCCCGGAUGAGAUCCUGCAGCACGUGCUGUCGUUCCUGCCGGUGCCGGAGGCCGUGCAGACCUGCGUGCUGGCCAGGCGCUGGCAACACCUCUGGAAGUCCAUGCCAGUCCUGCGCGUCACCGGUGAGGGGUGGAUACUGAACCGGCGGGGUGUCAGGAAGCUCAACAAGUUUGUGAACCACCUGCUGCUCCUCCGUGACCGCACCGCGCCUCUGCACACGUGUGAGGUAGAACUCGGUACUUUCCGGAGCCAGGAUGAUCCGCAGAUCAACUUAUGGAUCCGACAUGCUCUGUUGUGCCAAGCUCAAGUGCUCAGUGUUCAUUUAAGCCGUGAUAACAAUAGUUUUGACCUGGAGGACCUGCCUCUUGUCUCUCGGCACCUGACGAGGUUGGAGCUUUGCAACGUGAUGUUAAAUGGUAACAUUCUUAAUUUUUCUAGGUGCCCAGCACUGGAAGAACUAUGGAUGAGGGAUUGCUACAUCGCACUUGAUGUUAUCUUGUCUCAAUCCGUUAAACGGCUGACCAUCCUUGACUGUAUGUUUUAUCAAAAUGCACGGACUCGAAUUUCCAUCCCAAGUCUCGUUACAUUGGAAUUUACUGAAUGUUGGGGGAGGACUCCAUUUCUUGAAAGCAUGCCAUCAUUAGUAACAGGAUCUGUUAAACUCACAAACUGUGAUGAUUGUUGUGGUAAAGAGGCUGGGAGUUCGUGUUUCAAUGUCAGUAAUACUUGUGAGAAUUGUGGUGCCAAUAAUGAUGGCAAUGGAGAUUGUGUGCUUCUCAACGGUUUGUCAGAGGCUAAAAGCUUGGAGUUGAUAGCUAAACCUGGUGUGUUUAUUUUCAGAAGGGAUUUAAUGCGGUGCCCAACCUUUAGCAAGCUAAAGACUUUAUUACUCAAUGAGUGGUGUAUGAAGACCAAUCUUAGUGCACUCAUAUGCCUUCUCCAGCAUACACCUGUUCUAGAUAAGCUUACCAUCCAGCUUUGUGAGGCAAUCAAUAGUCAAAUGGUAACUAAAGAAAGCUACAAUCCAAUAGAGCUCCCAUUUGCAACUAAGAAACUUAAGGUAAUGGAAAUCAAGUGUGAAACGAUUGAUGAGAAGGUUCACAAAAUUUUAGCGGUCUUGGAUACCUAUGGCAUACAUAUUGGUCAAAUUAAUAUCCAUCGGAGUAUUGGAUCUUCUGAAGAUUUUUUUUCAGGAAUCGGGAGCUGGACCUCCUCAACCCUGGAGUCAGAGCAAGCUCUCCCUCACAUUUCAGGAGCUGGACCUCCUCAACCCCGGAGUCAGAGCAAGCUCCCCCUCACAGAACGCUCAGCUUCGGAGCAUGAUUGAGCAGAUGGCAGACAGCAUCAGCAGAUACAAGCUCAGCAGCUGCACGCCAGCUCCUCACUCAGAUCUUGGCCCGGCUUUCUGGAACAUCCAACUUCAGUUCUGGUGGUUCAGCUCAUAAUUAGCGUGUUGUACUCCACCGAUCUGUGGAGCCCUUCAUCAUCCGUUAUCACUACUAACUAGCUAAUGUUUAUGCGCAUGCUGGUUUAUAUUGUGUUCGGCACUUCCCUGUUGUGUUCGACGGGAAACAGGAGCACUUCCCUGUUAUGUUUAUGGACGACUUAUGUUGAAUGGGAUUAUACUGUGGAUGGACAUAUGCUACCGUAUAUGCAUAUUUCUGUAGGGGCGAACUUUUAUCUAUAGUUUGUUUUUAUGUUUGGUGUUAUUAAUUUGGUGGUAGAUAUGAGGAGAGAAUGGUAAAGAAAAACGAGAUUUUGGCACCUUA